CCUGGAAUAAAAGAUGACAACAGCAGCCAGACCGACUUUUGAACCUGCCAGAGGUGGAAGAGGAAAAGGAGAAGGGGAUUUGAGCCAGCUCUCAAGGCAAUAUUCAAGCAGAGACCUUCCCUCCCAUACAAAGAUAAAAUACAGACAAACUACACAAGAUGCUCCUGAAGAGGUUCGCAACCGUGACUUUAGGAGAGAAUUGGAAGAGAGAGAGAGAGCUGCUGCAAGGGAAAAAAAUAGGGACCGUCCGACCCGAAAACAUACAACUUCCUCUUCCGUGUCCAGGAAGCCCCGCUUAGACCAGAUCCCCGCUGCCAACCUUGAUGGCGAUGACCCUCUCACGGAUGAGGAUGAUGAGGACUUUGAAGAGGAGAGCGACGAUGAUGACACCGCGGCUCUUCUGGUAGAGCUGGAGAAAAUCAAGAAGGAAAGAGCUGAGGAGCAGGCCAGGAAGGAACAAGAACAAAAAGCAGAAGAAGAGAGAAUUCACAUGGAAAAUAUUCUGAGUGGAAACCCUCUCCUUAAUCUCACUGGCCCAUCCCAGCCUCAGGCCAACUUCAAGGUUAAAAGAAGGUGGGACGAUGACGUCGUUUUUAAGAACUGUGCAAAAGGAAUAGAUGAUCAGAAGAAAGAUAAAAGAUUUGUAAACGACACACUGAGAUCUGAGUUUCACAAGAAGUUCAUAGAGACAUAUAUUAAGUAG